GAACUGGGAAAAACGAGAAAGAGCCCAUCUCAGUAGGGGGGUCAAAAGUGGUAGGUCGUGACCCCUCUGACCCUGUGGGAGUGCAGAUCAUCAAUCAACUGGAGGCUGGACAGAGCACUGAUGACAUCACUUGGAAAAGCAUCAAGAUCUUGCUAGGAAUUCCCCUGCAGACAAAGCCAGACUUGAGAAGAGGGGGUGGGUGGCUGUGAUCACCCCCACUGGAACACCUGCACCCCGCGGAGUUGAAAGCCCCCUCAGGUCCUCGCAGCACCAGACUCACUAGCGACCCCACGCUCUCACUCCGUGCCGCCCAUGGAGCCUCCUGUCCGGGCUGCUGUUCCCCGCCAGGCCGCCGGUGAUUGAAGUGCGGCUGCCUGUUGGCCAUCGCAGCGGGAGCCGAGCACCGAGGCUGAGCUUGCUGGACUAUAGCCGGGCAGAGCAUCAUCAUCUCCGGGGAAGAACCGCCUGGCGAGUCGCAUGGAGAAGAGGUAUGAAGAGCUGGUGCACUACUCAGGGUCGGAGGGCAUGUCGCUGGGGGUGUACGGAGAGGACGUCAGGCCACUCCCGCCCCCGCAGUACGGAGCCGCCAUCCCCGACUCCCUUAAACACCACAAGGACCAGAUCUAUGGUCACCCACUGUUCCCACUAUUGGCCUUAGUUUUUGAGAAGUGUGAGCUCGCCACCUGCUCCCCUCGAGACUCCUCCUCCUCUCUGUCAGCCUCCUCCCACCUCCAAGGCAUGACCAACCACAGCGACGUGUGCUCCUCCGAAUCAUUCAACGAUGACAUCGCCGCAUUCGCGAAACAGAUUCGUUCGGAGAAACCCAUAUUUUCCUCCAACCCUGAGCUGGACAACUUGAUGAUCCAGGCUAUUCAGGUUCUUCGCUUUCAUUUACUGGAGUUGGAAAAGGUUCACGACCUCUGUGAUAACUUCUGCCACCGUUACAUCACCUGUCUGAAGGGCAAGAUGCCCACAGACCUGGUCCUGGAUGAAAGGGAGGGAGGCUCCAAGUCUGACAUGGAGGACUUUAAUGGAUCCUGCACCAGCUUGUCCGAACAGAAUGCUUCAUGGUUACGAGAGCCGGAUGAAUGUGCUACCACUCCUUUGGGAACACCUGGCACCUGUGGGCUGCCUUCACUCCACACAGCAGACAACUGUAGCGAUACAGGAGACGGUCUGGAUGCAGGAGUGGCCUCCCCAAGCACUGGAGAUGACGAUGAGUCUGACAGGGAGAGGAGGAACAACAAGAAGAGAGGAAUAUUCCCUAAAGUAGCUACAAACAUAAUGCGAGCGUGGCUCUUUCAGCAUUUGUCGCACCCGUACCCCUCGGAGGAGCAGAAAAAGCAGCUGUCGCAGGACACGGGUCUGACCAUCUUACAAGUCAACAACUGGUUCAUCAACGCGAGGAGGAGAAUCGUUCAGCCCAUGAUCGACCAGUCCAAUCGCUCAGGUCAGGGUGGUCCCUACAGCCCGGAGGGAGCAGCGCUGGGGGGCUACGGGCUCGACGGACAAGCCCACUUGGGGCUUCGAACAGCAGGUCUACAGGGGAUGCCAUCUCUACAGGGAGACUACCCCGGCGCUCUGCUGUCCCAAGCGGCCUACCCUCCCCACCCUGGACCUUCUCUCCACCCCUACCCGGGGCCGCACCCGCACGCCGCCAUGCUCCUCCACCCGCCGCCCCACGCGCACCCCGCAGAGCCCCUCCUCGCACAAGGACUGGACAUACAUGCGCACUAGCCGCGAGGGGCCCGGGGGACUGGGGUUUGGGGGGUUGUGUGACUGCGGUGCAUGGCCCAAGUGUGAUGACAUAAUAUUUAAAGAAAAAACAGGACAAAUUGCUCCAAAGUUUACAUUCCCUGUACCCUAAAGACAACGACCUCAAUGUAGCACACACACACACAUUCACACACACACACACACACACACACACACACACACACACACACUCUGGUUUAAGCCAUAGCUCUCUCAGAGUAGAAGUGCUUCCUCCACUGUGUCCCAUGGACAAGACCAAUGCUUUAAACGUCAUCGUCGGACCACAGGAAAGAGACACAAACUAAUCCUGUGACCAUGCCUUCUUCUUCUUCUUCUUCUUCUUCUUCUUCUUCUUCUUCUUCCAGCUCUGUCUUCCUGCACACCCGCCCCCCCCCUCUCCUCACACACUUUAUUUAAGGCUGAUUCUAUUUUUGUAUUUAUGUGCGCCACUCCUGGCGGAUGCAGCUCGUUUGAAAUGUUAGCGCUCUUCCUUAGCAUGAAGCUAAACACCAUGAAUGACUUCCAGUCUGCCUCGCUCUCACAUCACUAACCUCCUUAAUACGCCAGCCGGUGUCCGUCUCACACACACACACACACACACACGCUCAUAGAGUAGGGAAGGGAUUCAUUUGGCCCCAUUCCUGGGUAGAGGUCUGCUGAAAAUGAUGGAAAGCGCCACUCUACAAGCAACUGACGUUGGAAUCGCCACAAAACAUAUUUUAAGAUAUUCAACACUCCACUGCCAUCUGGCGGCUAAAGUGGAUACGGCACCACCCUAAUUCGUCACGUUUCAUGUGUCAGGUAAAACCGUGACGAACGGGGCCAUAUGAAUCCCCUUCCCGCUGUAGACAGACACAAGACAGGCUCUUCAAGCAUUUGAGUACAUUGUGUGUGUCACAGCAGUGCGAGAGGGAGCUGCAGCCAAAGGAAUCUUGAAACUUUCUGCUCCCGCUCUUCUCUGCUUGGACUGAAUGAUCUGCUUAUUGAAUUAAAAUGUUUGUUUUUUUUUACUACGUGUUGCAUGUGCUUUGAUAUAUGUAGACAUAGCUCAUCUGUGUGGAGACCAACACCAGCAGACGCUUGGGAUACUGACAAUUUUGGUAUCAAUCUGAUACAGAGUAAACCAAUACUGAUACUUUUGACAUGACAUUUUUUGAAGAUCAUUGAAUUUUUGGGGGAUUUUGUCUUUAACCCCUUUAGGGGACUUUUUUUGUCCAUUCAGUAUUUUGCCCAUAAUUUUUGUUGAGUUACUAAAUUAUACAUGAUGUUAAAUUAUUCUUUGACAAUUAUUUCUUUCACUGGCAGUUAUCCGACAA